AUGCCGAAGUCAUCGGCCCCGGAUGAGCACAAGGUCCUCAUCAAGAAGCUCACGCAUGCUUGCGCCAGCUACGACUCCGCGGCGAAGAAGUACCUCGCCGCCGUAAAGGCGUUGGACUCCUCCUUGGAGGCCUUGGCCGUCUCCGUCCGCGAGCUCUCGCAGGGGGAGGAGAGCGAGGACGCUAUCGUCAGCGCCGACAGGUUCUGCACGUCAGUGGAUCGGCAUAUGGCCGGCUCCUGUGGUGGUGGAUCAUCUGGCCACAACAGGUCACAGCGGCUUUCCGAUUCGACCGCCGUCGACGGCGCAGAAUACCCCUUCGCUGUUUACAUGAGUGAUUUCACGCGCGAGGUUUCCUCUGGCGUCGGAGAGCUCAAGGAGGCCCUCAAGAAAAUCGAGAAGUGUUGUUCAAGGCAGGAGGACCUCGUCAGCAAGUACAACAAAAAGCGCAGCGACGUGGACGCGAUGGAGAUGAAGCUGGCCAAGAAGAAUCAGAGUAUUUCGUCCAACGAGAAGUUCUCCUCCAAGGUGGCUGAUCGCGACGCCUUGAAGGUGCAGGUGGACGCCGGUGAGAGAGAAUUCAGAACCGAGUACAUGUCACUGGUGCAGAGGCGCACUCAAGUCCUCUUGCAAGUUGUCCAUGGCAUGCGAACGCACUCGUCAAAGUACUACUCACACUUGUCCAAGACAAUGCAGGCUUGA